AUCAGUAAUAUUUUUAAGUCGAGAAGUGUUGAAUACGAUUGAAAAAAUAUUUUUUUAUACGAAACAACGUCGUUUAUGAAAUCAAAAACAUUUCGCCCGAGUUGGGUUUGUUUGUAGAGAACGAAUGCUCGACAUUUGUCUUCCUCAAAAUGAACCCAAUUCUUGAGAAAGAGCUAAGUUUUCGUGCAAUACAGAUUUGUGUGAUUAUGUAAUUACAUGCUGGGAAGUACGUGUUGGGUGAGAUGAUAUGAAGUUGUUUCAAUUCAAGUGAACUUUUAGCUAAAUGCCAUCUUUCAUUAACUGCCAUUUUGUUUCAUAUAUACCUAUAUCUGUCUCUCUCAUCCAUUACAGUAAUCUAUUCACAUCCUAGAACUGAGUCACUACUGAGUCUUAUGCAAAUUUGUAAGAGAAAAUCAAUAAAAAAAACAUGGAGAUUGCAAGAAAAAAAUGGAGUUUUAGGGCAAAUGAAAAGCUGAGUAAAGACAUAACAGUAACUGUUAGAGGUACACUGAGUUUACUACAAGAGAAUACUAAUAAAGAAGAUGAAAGGCCAAUACUUCAACUUAGCCAUGGUGAUCCGGCUGCAUAUCCUUUAUUUAGGACCUGUCUGAAAGCUGAAAAUGCUGUUGUUCAUGCUCUUCAAUCUGCUCAGUUCAAUACUUAUUCUUCUUUUAUUGGUAUUCUUCCUGCAAGAAGGGCAGUUGCUGAAUAUCUCUCCAUAAACCUUCCUUACAAGAUAUCACCGGAUGAUGUUUAUAUGACACUCGGAUGUUCCCAGGCAAUGGAAGUGAUAAUUACAGUUCUUGCCAGUUCUGGUGCAAACAUUUUGCUUCCUAAACCAGGUUACCCGAACCAUGAAGCUCGAUGCUCAUUCAGCCAACUCGAAGUUCGCCAUUACGAUCUUAUUCCUGAUAAGGGUUGGGAUGUGGAUCUCGAUGCUCUUGAAAGGCUCGUCGAUGAAAAUACUGUGGCUAUACUCAUCAUCAAUCCGGGAAACCCGUGUGGGAAUGUUUUCUCCUUCGAGCAUCUAAACAAGAUAGCAGAAACUGCAAGAAAGCUUGGGAUUCUGGUGAUUUCUGAUGAAGUUUAUGACACACUAACUUUUGGGGAUAAUCCAUUUGUUCCGAUGGCAACUUUCGGAUCAAUCGUUCCGGUUAUCACUCUCGGUUCCAUAUCGAAGAAAUGGGCUGUUCCGGGUUGGCGAGUUGGUUGGCUAGUAACCUGUGAUCCCACCGGCACUCUCCAAAAAUCCGGGAUUACGGAGUGUAUAAAGGCAUGUCUCAAUAUUGAUUGUGAUCCUGUCACCUUUGUUCAGGCAGCACUUCCUCAAAUUCUUAAGAAUACAGAAGGAGAAUUCUUUUUGAGGGUUGUUAAAGCACUCAAGCAAGGAUCAGAAAUUCUUUAUGACAGAAUAAAAGAAAUUCCUUGCAUUACUUGUCCGAUUAAACCUCAAGGAUCUGUUUUUGCAAUGGUUCAGCUGGACCUGUCACUACUAGAAGGCAUUGAUGAUGAUGUGGAGUUCUGCUUUAAGUUAGCAAAAGAGGAAUCUGUGAUCAUUUUACCUGGAGUUAAAGUUGGAAUGAAGAAUUGGGUUCGUGUGUGUUUUGCUGUUGAACCAUCAGUUCUUGAAGAUGGACUUCAAAGGAUCAAAUCUUUCUGCCUGAGGCAUGCCAAGUCACAUUAGUUUUUAUUAAAUAAUGUAGUUGCUUUUUGAAGAAAAAUAAUGUAGUUGGCUUAAUGCAAAAAUUAAAACUUCACUUCUGAGGUGUUUUUUUAUAUAUUGUAUUAGUCUUA